AGCCACGAGCUUCCAAAGGCGGAUGAAUUCGGGCGCGGGGCGAAGCCAUCCGCGCUCCGCCAUGGAUGUUCGACUUCGAAUCCCUGGAAGCGUUGGCUUCGCCGGUAGGGCGCCUCCAAAAACUGCGCCCGGCGAGGGAGCCGGACAUUCCAGCACCGAGCCUUGAGGAGCGGUGGCGAGCCAUGGGCCUGGAGCCGGAGCGCGGUGUUCCUCUGGAGUCCUUGGAGGCGCUGGGCGCCUGGAAGCCCAAGGAGCUGCGCAGGGAAUGCGAGCGCCAAGGCCUCCCGGUGCCCCCGGGCGCGGAGAAGGGCGAGCUGCUGGCCUCGCUGCGGAAGGUGCUGCUGUGGCAGCAGCUGCCGGCCUCUCGGCUGCGGGAGCUGCUGGGCUCCGAGGGCGGAGCGGCCGAGGAUUUGGUGGGACGCCUCAUCUCCCAGACCUUCCAAACGCCGGCGCCGGCGCGGCGCUUCGGCGACAUCUUCGCCCCCGAGCGCGCCGCGGCCUGGGCGAAGCCGGAGCCGCCAGAGCCGCAGGCGCCGGGAGGUGCUGGCACGGGCUCACAGGCCUUCAAAGCCAACCUGGCAGCCCAGGGGAUCUCGCAGGGCCCGAAGCCCCGCCCGAGCUUUCCGACGGGCGGGUACAAGGUUCCAGGAGGUGCAGGAGGAAGUCCGCCGACCGCAAAGCCGCGGCCGACUGCAAAGGUGCCGACUGCAAAGGUGACGCCAGAGGUGGCGCAGGCCCUUCGCACACUUGGCCUGGACCAUGACAGCGAUGAGGAGAAGGUGAAGAAGUCCUACCGGAGGCUGGCGUUGCUGUACCAUCCGGACAAGAACGGCUCAGCAGAUGCCGAGCUCUUCAAAAGUGUCACUCGCGCCUACGAGAUUUGCUGCGGCCAUUUCCAGGCCCAAGCAGGCGGCGGACAAAAGAAGCGGAGCUUGCGCGGCACAGCACAGAUGUCCUUCAGGUCCAAGAUGAAGCGCCUGGCUGCGACCACCCCGGGCUCGUCAGUGUUCACGGAAUCUACCAUCGCGAAGAACCCAGGCCCCGGCAGCUACCAGAACAAGGGCUGCCUUGAAGCUGAGCAGACGCUGGACUUGCAGCCUGCCGUGAAGCCCGUGCUCAAGGACGUAGAGAAGACUACGCCUUCGGUGCCACCCACAAGGUACUUGCCGGGCCAGGUGCCACAGACGGAAGCGGCGGCGGCGGACAUGGCCAGGCUGUCAAGCCGACACACCGGGGAGCCAAGAGAUAUGGCGGGUCCGGGGGAAUACGACGUAGAGACGCAGCUGAUCAAGAACAGCCAAGUCACUACCUUCCACAAGCCGAAAGGCCCUUCGUUCCGAAGACUUUGGGAGGCCUCUGUGGCCAUCGACUCCAAGAUGCCGGUCCCCGAGCUGCCGGGGCCUGGGGCCUAUGAGACCUUAGUGGGCGCUCCGGAGCCCAAGGGCGCUGCCAGUCAGUUCAACUCCAAAGUGCCGAAGGCGCACGAGCGCGAGGCCAAGGAGCACCUGAAGACGCCGGGGCCAGGCGCCUACGAUAUGCCCGGGCACUUGGAGAAAGGGAUCGCCGAGACUCAGGAGCGCCGCGACGCGGUGGCCAUGAGUCUCGGCUUCGGAUCUCUGACAGAGCGCGUGGGCUGGUCCCGACAACUGGAGCAGCCGUACAAAGAUCCGUACAAUGUGAAGAACGUCCCGGGGCCAGGACACUACCCGGAGACUCAGGUGCUCUUCAAGGAGGAGAAGGUUGGGAAGGCGCCCGAGAAGCGCAAGAAGCUCCACGGGGUUCACCAUCCAGCGCUGCUUUUGGCCCUUCAAGAGACCGAGGGGCCGCUGCAAGCCUUCAACACCUCCGAUGACAGGCCCUGCAACAAGGACUUCGAUCAGCUGACCCCGGCUCCCUGGCAGUACGCCCCGGAGACGGCGCGGGGGACGUCCAUCACCUCCAACCUGAAAGAGCGGGCCAAGGUGGGCCGCAGAGGCGUGUUCGGCACCUGCGCGGACCGCUUCUACGGCAGCCCCAUGGGUGCCAAGGAAGGUCCGGAUCCGAUUUGGGAUGGCGGCACCACUGGCGUGGGCAAGGAUCCGGGCUCCCCAGAAGCCAGGUCCUCCUUCAAGUCAACCUCUCCGAGGAUGCAGAAGGAACAGGCCCAAGAGGUGCAUGUGGUGGCGCUGGGCGAUCUCCAAACUCCCGCUCCAGGCGAGUAUGACAUCAAGGAGCCCAACUACCGCUCGCCGUACCGCAUACCCAGGUCAGAGCAUUUGUCCUUCGGCUCGGGCACCACCCGUUUCACCGAGAAGCAGGAAGUCUUUACAAAGUUUAAGCUUCCGGAGGGGCCUGCGCCUGGCGACUAUCAGAUGCCCUCGAAGAGCCAUGUGCUGGGGGCGGCCAGGCUCAAGGACAAGAGGAAACCUCCCUUGGUGGGCUCUACGACGACAACCGUCGGCCCUGGCAGCUAUGGCACGAGCACUGAGACAUCUCUCUUGAAGAAGACCUUCAACGUCACCACUCAGGCUCGGAGCCUCAUGCACGGUGCCUGA